AUGAAGGCGACUCCUGUCAAGAAGGAAUGGCCCGAUACAUCAAACGUGCCUGAUCAGUUGAAACUUCAAAAUAAAGAACAAAAAAAAACUAAUGGCGAUAACAGGCCCCGUUUUUCUCGUGACAGGUAUAUUCAGAAGAUGCAACCAAACUUCUCACAGCAACCAAUGGACUCUAUAACUGAUCGGGCUCAGAGUUGCCGUAAUAGAAAUGUAAUAUCUAAUUUGCGAUCUAAAAGAGGAUUGUCGGACAGGUUUAGCCCAAGACCGUUGCAUCCAAGACAUCCAGAUCGGUUUAUCAACACAAAUGCAACUGGGCAUCCCCUUUCUAGACGCAAAAACAAGUUAAAUAAUACAAGCCGCUUGAAUACACACCGCAGUACUAUCGCUCCCGAUCGCAUACUCCGGAGCCAAUCUCGACAAAUUCAUCAUACACCGUCUGAUCCUUUCAAUAACAAUACAAGUUGUGACGUCAGUAGUAGUACCAUACAAAUUAUUUGCUCAACGAGCAAAAGCUCGUUGAUGAAUACUAGUAGAUAUAAUUCAAUUGAUUUAACAGACACUUUCUCAGCUAGUUCUCCAAGACACCAAAGGUUGACCGGAGUAAGUACUCACUUCUUGUCUGAUGAGAUACUUCAAGAGCAUCUAACUAGCUUUAUUCGACACCUUCCAAGUGCAUGGAUGUUUCCAAUCCUGCGUGCUGCUACACUACAGGUUAUGACAGAACGGCUCCCCAUGCACAUUGUGUCCUCUUCUAUAAUUUUUGAUGCCUACUCCGAAGCCAAAGCGGAGUUAGUGCAGGUUUUAAAGAAUGUUGAUGUCCCUAUAGGCAAUGCCGUGAUGCAUCUCACAAAGUUGGCUCCUAAUAACCAGACUAGUGCUCCGGAAGGAGCAAAAGGACCCCAAAUAGGUACUAGUGGUGAGGUCACCACACACCCAAUUAGUGCAAACACUUCCAUACGGCCUUUUGACUCUCAUUUAGGUAAUUCUGAUGGGCUAGUAGAUCUAGUAGGUUUACAGCUCGUGGUUCCAGCUAUCCUGCGUUUUCGGUUAGAUCACAUAAAGCAAUCGCGAAUACAGGAGUUUAUUAAUCAGUGUGAUCAGAACUUUCAGUCGUGCAAAGAGCAAAACACAACUGCUCCCAUACGCGAGGCAGCUGCUUUGCAGCUUUUUUAUGAUCAGGAUAGCGAUAUUCAGUUUGGAGCUCAUCUUCGGCAGGGAGUGCGGCGUUCAAUGAAGCGUGGCUCACGCCUUCUCUUGCCGUACUACAAGGGGGACCCAACAACAGACGCAGAAAGCAACGACUCAAUGACCAUCACAAGCUGUGCCGCCGUUUCUUUUUCGAAUAUGCCUUCAAUUUUCCUUAAGGCCCGUGAAGAGAGUAACGCCUUGAAGGCCCAGCAAACCAAGGGUGACGCCAACAUUCGUGGCAACAACCGCCGCCAUCGCGUGCACCCAUUUUUCACCUGCGAGUUUGCUGCCACCUUGACAUGUGGCAGUGACGGGGGUUGCAUCUUUGCGUCGGCACUCGCGACGGAGUUUUUGGUUGGGAUGCCUUCCUUCAUCUCCCAGCCUAUGAACUGUAUCGCGUCCGCAAUUCGUGCUACGCUGCACCGGAUGUGCUUGGGUGUCACAAAGGAGUCACUGCGCCGUUUCAGUGGUCAAGCGGUAGAACAGCUGCGCGGCUUGCGGAUGCCACCCUUAGAUUUGGCUCUCCUCUAUGUUCGAGGUUCUCAACUGUACUAUGGGUCCACCACUGGGAUCAAAGGAAAAUUUUUCUUCUUUAAUAAUGAUGACAAGGAGGGCUCUUCUUUUGAUUUGUGCAAGGACUACCUUCUGGAAAAUGUUGGAGUUAGUUCUUUUUCAACCAGGAAAGUUAAUGAGUGCCACAACACGGUUCCCUUCGAUAACCCUAGCUCAACGGGAAAUGCUACAUCUUUGGCGGUAUCGGAAGAUAGUCGUGAUAACGUGGUGCCAAAAGGUGCUUCUUACGAUAUGCCCAUAGUGGUGCGUGGCUUUGUAGAUUUGUCAAGAUUUGUUUCGUUAAACACAGUACCUGCCACAUCCCCACGAGAGCAUGGUUUAGAUUCUAAAGAUACCCUCAAUACUGUGGGUCUGAAUCGCUUGAUGAAGAAAUUGGCCCGUCCCAGCCCGCUUCGGAGCCAAAUAGUAUUUCCACUCGCUGUGGUACUUAGUUGCAGUGAAUUCUGGUCAGUUAUGUCAACAACAUAUGCAGUUAACCUGCUUAGAACGCUAUUACUUUUGGACUACGAGGCGUCUAGCUAUACUGAGAGAUUGAGGUUUAAAGAAAAAUCUAACAUUGAUGAAAUAGAGUUCACUGAGGAGUUUAUGGAGACAGAACGAGCUAGUUCUCUCCACAAGAAUAUCGAGGGCACCAUGGUCAUACAACAGUCAGAAAGAAUACGCGAAUACCUCAAUACACUCGACUCUAAAUUGUCACCUGACGUACGUGCGCGUAUGACGGCUUUUUACGAUAACCGUGUUGCAUACCAUAUUCAGAUCAGUAAGUUUAGCAAAUUUGAUUCCUCGCGAAUAUAUACAGAAGAGCUCCGUGCGAUGGCCAACGAGCGUAGAAAGAAAGGAGAGCCCCAGAAUUUCGAUCCACCGCCCUCCCUCAUCAAUGACAACACGCAGGACUCUAAUUUUGCCACGGGAAUAUCUCGAAUAAAGGUAGGAGCGCCAUCACACGAUGGUGGGCAUGAUAGCGAAAUCCCCAUAGAUACUGUACAAGUAAAGCGGCAAGGCCCUACUGCGUGGAGUGAAUUUCACCGAGCCAGCACGCGUGUCGCGGCGGAUGGGCAGCCCUUGUGUGAUGCACUGGCCUCGUUCUUGGCAACGGAAGCAUCCAUCAUCUGCCACAAAUCCUCGCAGGAUCUUCCAAACGGAGACCAUUUUGUUAGAGAUCAGGACAUGCUGCCUGUGACGGCAAGCAUACCAAUUUCUCAAACCCUGUCCUCAGUGAAUUACGUCGCUAUUCCAUUAUCCACAGACAAUGCAAUUCCUGUGUCUUCAUCUAAAUCUAACAACAUCAUUAAUGAAAAUAUUCCUCAUGACGCUCCAGAGAUGAGUAAUUUGGACGAUUUUCACACUCUUUCAGAAGCGUCUACCAAUGCUAGGGCUACUUUCAGUAUAGAAGGGUCUGAGAGCGGUGAGCCGUACUCCGUUGUGGUAGUUUUACUUCCGGCGGAUAUUGUCUUUGCUGAUGCGGGCCGACGCAGCAGAGGACUGAAUGUGAUUAACCAUGCACGUCGUAGCCAUUCACAAAAGCAACCGAAAUAG